AUGGAUAACUUAUUGAAUCAAAAAAACCAGGAUAUUGUUUUAGUCGCUCCAGGAAAUUCUGUUAAUAUAGAGGUUCCUACUAUCAAUGUUGAUACAAACCAAGAAAAUAAUGGUAUUAAUGACUCGAAUGUCGAAGAGGCAACUAUUUAUCUCUCACAAUUGAAACUUAACAAUGCGCCCGGGGAAGAACAACGCCAAGGAGAAAUAUACUUAACAAAAUUGAAGCAGCAGGCUGCGGAAAACAAAAGUGGGACUACGCUACACCACCAAAUGUUAAGGGAUUCUACAAUUGAAGUGAGAGAGAAUGUUGACCAUAUUAAUCGGUAUCUCUUUCUUGAUGAAAAUGGACAACCACAGGAGACAGAAAAUGUAGCUUUUGAUUUUGGAAAUCCUGCUCUCAACCAAAUGUAUUCAUUAAUUAGAAGAGACAUGAAUGCAUUAACAAAUCGGAUGGACCGAAAAUUUGGCAACAUGGACCGAAAAUUUGGCAACAUGGACCGAAAAUUUAGUGGUAUGGAGAGACUCAUUAUGAGUGAACGAAAUAAGUCAAAGAAUAAGCUCUUGGCAUCUGGAGGUGACGCUGACUCGCCAAAUGCUUAUCUUCCUAUUUGUAAUGAUCUUGGACAAUACCCUAAUGAUGGUGGUCUCGAACCAUUAACGUCGCUUGAUCAAAUUAAUCGAAUGAAUGGAAUAUUAACUGAUCAGUAUUUAAGCUUUUACAGACUAGGCACCACUCGUCUAGUUUCAGAAAAGAAAGCCAGAUUAAUGGAAUAUAUUGGAAUUCAUGAAAGAAUUGUCGUGAGUUUAGUACGCGGUGCAUCACCGGUCUGA